AUCUCUCUCUCUUUUCCGAUUGUACCCUUCACUCCCUCUCUCCUCUGCCUUAAUUUCCAAGUAAAUUAAAAUCUGAACGAACAAAAUCAAAUACCCUUUUCUCUCUCCCUCUCUCUUGUUUCUCUCUCUAAAAUCCGCCAUUGUCAAGAAGCUUAGAGCGUAAAAAAGCACAGAUACGAAUACCCAUUUCGUUUUUGUCCAAGAACCUCCCCACUAACCCACAAAAAGUGGCCGCCAUGAAAAUAAAGAACAAAGGAAAAGUUCAUCCAUCUCCUUCUUCUUCUUCUUCUUCUUCUUCUUCUUCCGAUGGGGACUUUUUUGAUGUCUUGAACUAUCUUCCGGCGGCGAUUUUUGCUCUGAUCUCUGUUCUUUCCGUCGACGACCGAGAGGUUUUAGCCUUCAUGAUGAGAAGAUCCAUGGAAGCCUCAUCGCCAUCUUCUUCCGUUUCGGCAAAGAAAUUUUCCAAGAGAGUUUCGAAGAAAUCAGAUGCUCCACGCGCCAGUUCACGUAGUGCGUGUGUUCACGCGCCGCCGUCUUUUACUUGCUUUGAUUGUUACAUGAGUUACUGGGACCGGUGGAACUCAUCGCCGAACGGGGAGCUGAUUCAUCAGGCCAUCGAGGCAUUCGAAGAGCAAUUAGCUAACGGGGAGAAAUCCGCCAAGAACGUUAAAGGGAAGAGGAGGGAAAAAAUCGGCCGCCGGUCCUCGGACAAGCCUGUGAAUAUUGUUAGGCCGCCGCUGUUGCCGGUUCCGGAAGCUCAUCCUCUGCAGAUUGAUGAAGGUUCUUCUGUCGCUCCGGCGACAUCUGGGAGUGUCGAUGUGGAAGCAGAAGAGAAGACGGCGGGGGGAAGUGGAGAGCCGCCACGGACGGAAGAGGAGACGGCGGAGGCGACUGGGGCGGUGGUGAUUAUUCCGUCGCCGCCGCCGUGCAACCACAAGGGUUUGGCCGGAAGGUAUGGCCGGACGUGUUAGGGUUAUUCAAUUCUCGUUUAUGGAGUCUUUGGGGUCCAAAUUAGAAAUUCAGAAAAUAAAAGAGGGGAUGUUUUGAUAUUUUUUCACUUCUUUUUUUUUUUUUAUUAUUUUUCUUGAGACCCAAAAUGAGAGUAAAUUCCCAAAAAAAAAAGGAAAAAGAAAAAAAAAAGAGUAGGUGUUAUUUUGCAAUGGAAUAUAUAGGUAUGGGUCCCAUCUUUGAUCAACUUUUGAGAAAUAUGCCUUUUUUUAUUAUUAUUAUUUUUAAUAUUAAAUAUUUUCUUUUGG